UGUGACGCCCUCCCCGGGCAGACGUCUUAGUUGGCAUUCGGCGUGUGUUUGGAGGUUAUAGAAGUGGAGCAGUGGCGUGCGUGUGAGGAGUCACGACGCAGCUCGUCAUGACCCACAAGUGAAUCACGAUUAUGGAAUGGUUUUCUUUUUUUUUUUUCUUCUUUUUUUUUUUGUAGCGAUGACGUGAAACGCAGUUUGGAUGUAAUCACUAGUCUGAUUUGCCCCUCGCUCACUUUUUACUGCUAGCUUUCAGGAUGUAAAACAAAAAAACAUAUUUCACUUUAUUUGAUUUUUGAGGGGAUUUGCCAAAGAAAAGGUGAUCGUUCUCGCUGCCGAGGAGGAGGACGCUGCGGCUCUCUCUUCUUGUGUAACCUCUUUUUUUUUUUAAUGCUGAUGAUUUUUGGUGGAGGUGUCUUUUCCUCGCGUGUGCGUGGAUGUGCACGCGUGCACUGACGCAGAGCACCACGCCACAUUUGGACGAGGCGGCACUGGAUGGCGUCCCCAGGCUUCUGGUCCCUCGGUGGGGACAAUCCAGGCAGCCAGAGCCCCAACACGCCCCGGGCUUGGUGCCAGGCAGCGGCCCAGAAGCUGUCUGGAGGGCUCGGAUCAAAAUUAUGUGCGCUGCUGAACGUCGGGGAGGUGGAGAAAGCUGCAGCGGAGCCCGACGCCAAUCAGCCCCUGCAGACGGCGACGGAAGGAUGCGGAUGCAACAAAACCUGCAACUGCACCAAAGCUCCUGUGGUAUUCUCCGACCUCUAUUCAACAGACCUUCUUCCAGCCAUGGACGGCGAUGCCAAGACCAUGACUUUCCUGCAGGAGGUGGUGGACAUCCUGCUGGCCUACAUCGUGGAGUCGUUCGACCGCGACACCAAAGUGAUCGACUUCCAUUACCCCAACGAGCUGCUGCAGAUGAACAACUGGGAGCUGCAGCAUGAGCCCACCUCGCUGGACGACAUCUUGAUCAGCUGCCGUGCCACCCUCAAGUACGCCAUCAAGACAGCCCACCCGAGGUACUUCAACCAGCUCUCCACAGGGUUGGACAUGGUCGGCCUGGCUGCUGACUGGCUGACGUCCACCGCCAACACCAACAUGUUCACCUACGAGGUGGCGCCAGUGUUCGUGCUGCUGGAGUACGUCACGCUGAAGAAGAUGAGGGAGAUCAUCGGCUGGCAGGACGGCCGCGGAGACGGCAUCUUCUCCCCUGGUGGUGCUAUUUCCAACAUGUACGCUAUGCUGUUGGCCCGCUUCAAGAUGUUCCCAGAAGUCAAAGAGAAAGGGAUGUCAUCUGUUCCUAGGCUGGUGGCCUUCACCUCCGAACAUAGUCAUUUCUCCAUCAAGAAAGGAGCAGCAGCUCUUGGUAUCGGGACAGAGAGCGUCAUCUGCAUCAAGGUCGAUGAAAGUGGCAAGAUGAUCCCUGCUGACCUGGAGAGGAGGAUACUGGAGGCCAAACAAAAGGGUUUUGUGCCGUUUUUUGUGAGCGCCACGGCCGGCACCACGGUGUACGGCGCCUUCGACCCUCUCAUCGCCAUUUCGGAUGUUUGCAAAAAGUACAACGUCUGGAUGCACGUGGAUGGUGCAUGGGGAGGAAGUUUGCUCAUGUCCCGGAGACACAGGUGGAAGUUAGAUGGCGUUGAGAGGGCCAAUUCAGUGACUUGGAACCCACACAAGAUGAUGUCCGUCCCCCUGCAGUGUUCUGCCCUGCUGGUGCGAGAGGAGGGUCUGAUGCAGAACUGCAACCAGAUGCACGCCUGCUACCUGUUCCAGCAGGACAAGCACUAUGACCUCUCCUACGACACCGGAGACAAAGCUCUGCAGUGUGGACGCCAUGUGGACAUCUUCAAGCUGUGGCUCAUGUGGAGGGCCAAGGGUACCAUCGGGUUUGAGGCUCAGAUUGACAAGUGUCUGGAGCUGUCCGAGUAUCUGUACAACAAGAUUAAGGACAGAGAAGGAUACGAGAUGGUGUUUGACGGCAAACCUCAGCACACCAACGUCUGCUUCUGGUACCUUCCACCGGGGAUGCGCUACAUGGAGGAUAAAGAGGAGAAGAAGAAACGCUUGCACAAGGUGGCGCCGGUCAUCAAAGCCCGCAUGAUGGAGUACGGCACCACCAUGGUCAGCUACCAGCCGCAAGGGGACAAGGUCAACUUCUUCCGCAUGGUCAUCUCCAAUCCGGCCGCCACCUUUGAGGACAUCGACUUUCUGAUCGAGGAGAUCGAGCGCCUGGGCCAGGAUCUAUAAGACUCCAUCUGAACGACUUGUUUGUGGUGAAUGUAAUUGGUAAACUUCCUUGAUUCCUCCAAAUGAAGCUAUUUAAGAGUAUAUUUGUGAUAUACAUAUAUCUAUAUAUUAUGUAUUGUAGCUUUGCUGUGGACUGGGCGCGUCCAAAGCUUUGUAAAAGUGCUUCUGUCCGCCUCUUUGCUAGUGUAGUCUGACCCAGAGACGUAUGAUAAGUGCUGUAACGUUCGCUGUACUUUUUGUGUGUACUUACGUGCAAUAAGUCCACCACCAGCUUUUUAUUUUCCAAUCGUUCCUCGUUUUUGAGUGCCAAAGUGGCACUGUUCUCACAUUCCUAUUUUUUGGAGGGGGGAACAGCGCUUUGCCGGCCUUACCUCAGCGUAAUCAAACUGCCUUCAGCUCAUUUGCUACCGCUAAUUUACAGCUAGCUACCACAAAUAAACAUGGCCGACAUUAAUACAUGUACUUGAAUUAGGAGUAGCGUGAAUCCUGGAAAAAGAGCUCAGCACAAUUUCAGUCAAUUGUUGGGGGAAGUGUUCCAGAACCAAAAAAAUAAAAAAAACACUUCCUGUUACGUAACUGUUUGCGAAAGUGGGCCCACAGUUGGCUUAAACGCGAAUGUAUGAAUCACACAAUAGAACUUUUGCACAAAAAUUGCUGUAACGCUAUCCCUGUUAGCGCUAUGCACAAUUUGAGGGAACUCUCGGUGGCAGUGGUUCUAGAAUUUGCCGCUCCAUGACCAAAAAAAAAAAAAAACCCACUUCCUGUCCUGUAAAUCAGUGGUCCCCAACCGGCCGUAGCCCGAUUGGUACCGGGCCGCAGAAGAAUUUUUUAUUAAUUUUUAUUUUUUUUUAAAAACAUUUUUAUUUUUAUUUUUUUAAUCAACAUAAAAAACACAAUAUACACUUACAAUUAGUGCACCAACCACAACAACCUCCCUUUUUCAUGACAAAAACGUCCCUUUUUCAUGACAAAGAAAAAAAAAAAAAAAAGGACACCCCCCACCCGGCCGCGGGACAAAUUAUUAAGCGUCCGCGGAUACAAAAAAGGUUGGGGACCACUGCUGUAAAUGACGCACCCUGUUUGCUAAUCUAGACCCACAACUCCAGGAGGUUGCUAGACUCUACUUGAUAGUGGAUAUUUUGCUAGCAUUAGCAAACAAAGCUAACAAUAAGGCAUUGGUAUUAUUUUCCACUUGUAUAAAUAGGACUUAUAGUCAUGUGUCUGUUUGCUAUUCCCGUGUGGUAUAUAUUGUCGGCAUAUAAUCCCACUUCAGAUUUAACUACAUGAACAAAACAUCACAUCAAUUUUGGCCAAUUUGUGGUAUUUUUUUCGUGUCAAAUUGUUGAUGGAAGUGUAAUCCUCUUAACUGUGUUUAUCCACUUGGGCCUACGUUGUGGUUGUCUACCACCAUAUUUCCUUUUUUCUUUUUUCUCUCUCUCAAAUCCACAAUCUGUAAUAGACAUAAUCCUCCCAAAGCAAUAUGGGUCCAAUAAUUAGAAAGCACAAUAAGCUCCACAAUCACUCUUGGUGUAAAUAGUAUAUGUACUGUAUAUAAGACGUAUAACAAGAGACUAUUUGUGAGGUAUAUAAGUUAUAUUUUCCAGUCUAAGUCUCGUUUGUCCUCUUAUUACUUCGUGAGGGUGUGUCCCAACUUGCUUCUUGUACUAUUUGGGGGGAGUGGCGGGAACAGAUGUGUGUGUGUGCGCGCGUGUCUUUUCCGUGAGUGUCUCGUGAACGUGUGGCGGCCAUGUCGGGCCCCUUGGAAGCACUGUUGUGGUGACAGUGGUGUGUUUCUGUAACUGUGCUGCCUUAGUGUUGUCUACGGUUCUCUCUCUCUCGUGCACUUUAGCACACGUGAACCGAUGAUGUGCAACGUCCAACACGUGUCCCCUAAACUGGGGUGUGCUCCAACUUGAAUGUGCGAUCACUCGUUCUUCUCUACUUUUCAAGCAGCUCCGUUGCGACGAGGUGGUCCGAUUCCGACACAUGCAACAUCCGCGGCGUCGGCGCCAAAUGUCGUGCUCGUUCGUGGCGUCGCUUCCUGCUGCCCGUUGCACGUGCAUGCGCCGCCUUGCCUGCCCCGCUUAUGUGAUGUGCAGCCUCCUAAUGUAUAUUUAACAGUAUAUAUCCAUGUCUACGUAUCUAUAUAUUUCUAUAUACAGUAUAUACACCGUGGUGUAGCUUUGUAAGUAGCUUUGUAUAGCCUCGUAUAGCGCCGGCCUUUAUGUGCUUCCUGUUGACGUCUCUCUGUGCAGCCUGCAUGCUGACCUUGCCUUGUGACCUCUCGCGCUCCACGCUCUGUCUACUUCUUCUUCUUCUUCUUCCGCCUGCCUAUCGCCGCCCUAAGUGUCAUAUUUAUUCUCGCUGCAUGUUCUAACCGCUCUUUCGCCGUAUUUAACCUUCUUCUCUCUUUCGCUCCCGCCUGCGACGACCUCCCGGCUAGCCAACUGCCAAUGCUACGUUUGUGCGCCCGACUACGCCAUGUUGACUUGUGUCGGAGCGGAGUUUUACUGUCACUGAAUUGAACCCUCAGUUGCUCAUUUAUCGGAACGAAUCCCAAUCAUUUACACUAGACGUGGUUUAAAGUCCUGCACUGUAUUCUGCUAAGUGAUUUUUGUGUGUUACAUCUAAAUAAAUAUUGUAAGUAAUUUAA